AUGGAGACUAGGAAUAAUGUAACAGAGUUCAUUCUACUGGGACUCACACAGAAUCCACACAUGCAGAAAGUCAUAUUUGUGGUGUUUCUGCUCAUCUACGCUGUCUCUCUGGGAGGAAAUGUGCUCACCAUAGUCACCAUCACUACCAGCCCAUUAAUCGGGUGCCCCAUGUACUAUUUCCUGGCUCAUCUCUCUUUCAUCGAUGCUUGCUAUUCCUGUGUGGAUACUCCUAAACUGGUUGUAGAUUCACUCUAUGAAAAGAAAACAAGCACUUUCCAUGGAUGCAUGAUGCAAAUCUUUGGGGAACAUUUCUUUGCAGGAGCUGAUAUCAUCCUGCUGACCGUGAUGGCCUAUGACCGCUAUGUGGCCAUCUGCAAGCCCUUGUACUAUGCAACCAUCAUGAAUCGGAGGCUAUGUGGCCUGCUGGUGGGAGUGUCAUGGCUGGGAGGCUUUCUUCAUGGAUUCAUUCAGAUCCUCUUCAUCUUCAGAUUGCCCUUCUGUGGCCCUAAUGUCAUAGAUCACUUUAUGUGUGAUCUGAUUCCUUUACUUCAUCUGGCUUGCACUGAUACCCACACUCUAGGGCUCGUUGUUGCUGCCAACAGUGGAUUCAUCUGUCUGUUAAUCUUCCUACUCUUGGUUGGAUCCUAUGGGGUCAUCCUUAACUCCUUAAGGAAGCAAUGCUUGGAGGCCAGACGCAAAGCCCUCUCUACCUGUGUCUCCCACAUCACAGCAGUUGUCAUCUUCUUUGUGCCCUGCAUAUUUGAGUACAUGCGACCAGCAGUUACUUUACCCAUUGAUAAAGCAGUUGCUGUCUUCUACACUAUGAUAACUCCCAUGUUAAAUCCCUUAAUCUACACCUUGAGAAAUGCCCAGCUGAAAAAUGCCAUUAGGAAAUUGUUUAGUAGGAAAGUCAUUUCAAGUGAAAUAUAAAUGUGCCUAGAUCCCAAAUGUGAGUGAAGAGAGGCAAGGGUCAUAAGGAGAUUUUUGUUAAUCUCAGCAAGAGAUAAAGAAAAUUAAAAUCACUACAAAUCAUAGAGUCUGCCAGAAGAGGAAUUAAA